GUUCGUUGGUCACCAUGAAGUUCAUGGGGCCACCCUUGACAUAGGCUCCAUCAGUAGAAGAUUUGGGAUUCAACUCAGAACAAAAGCGAGAUUCAACAAAGAGGCCUCGACAAUCUUGUAGUACAUUACUGCUGCACCCAAAGAAAGGCGCCAGCUUUGGUGAUAGAAGUAAAUCUUGUCGUCCCUGUUUUACACUUCCACCUACACUCUCGUAAAUACUAUCCAUACAUCCGUUCAGGGUCAAUUGACUGAAAGUUUUCAAUACGGUUCCAAGUGGGGUGCUAAGGAGCCCAAAGGCAAGAUCAACAAAAUCUUGCCCAACUUCAGCAUACAGUAUUGAUGAAUCAUCCUUUCUGGACAAGCAUUAUCUUGAUGGCAUGGAACUUGGGAUCAGUAUCGGUUGCUUGUUUUGUGAACAGAUUUUCAGGAAUCUUGCACAGAUCUGUAGGAUUCGGGAAAAGCCUACAAACUGUAAUUAUACACGAGCUGGAGAAAGAUGGCGCCGUCUCCAACCUCGUUAGGGUUUCCUCCCCUCGCUCGUCUCCUCUCGCCAUGGCGCUUCCUGGCGAGGCCACGAGAUGAGCAUGGAGAUAGAAUUCAGAGGCGCUUCGUAGAUGGGAGGCGGGAGCAGAUUCCUUCGGUUUUUGCUGAAAGGGACACGGGGCAGAAUUCGACUUGUGCUGACCUGGGGAGCCAUGGUGGUGGGGGCGAUACACCGGGUUCCAGCCUACAGGGCAAUACGGAUACGUGUUCGCAUCCUAGCUGAUCCCUGGAGUUCAACCAUGGUGGUGAAGCCACGUUGGUUCGGGAGGUUCGUCCGCUGGCCCAUCUCGACAGAUUCCUUCAGCGUCAAUGGUUGUUGCCAGUCGCAAUCAGGGAACAGUACAGAGGUGGGUGGAGGGAGAGGGGAAACCCUAGUUCGACGGCGGUGGCGUGUGGGUGGCCACAACUUGGAGCGAGGAGGGGGCUUCCUUACAACGCUCCGCCAAUAUCCUUUGCUAGGGUUACGAUGGCGGGCAGAGCAGGUGGUGGCGGCGAUUGGCGGGGAGCUCGGCCUGGUUUUGCUGGCGGUGCCCAAGGAUGGGAUGGCGGCCAGGUUGCAGGUGGUUGGGACGGGCAAGGAUGGCAAGGUCCUCCGCCUCCUUACAACGGCCCGCCGCCGCCGAACAUGGCGUGUGGCUAUCCUACCUUCAGAGAACAGGUACAGUUUGAUGCUUUUGGCCCGAUCGGAGAGGAUAUCUGUGGGAUCCGAGAGGGGGAUAUGGUCAAUUUCCUCAGUACCAAGGUGCUUUCCAUGGUUUCGAUGCUCGUCCGCCUGGAUAGGGACCCCAAUUUGGUCCUCAGAUGGGGGGGGGACUGGUGGAUUACAGAACCCUGGGGUUGGCCAGAUCGCUCCUGUGGUUACUCAACAACUGGGUGGCAGCUCUGGUUUCCAGGGUGUUGGGAUUGGUCAGGGUGGUGCUGAUUCGGGUCCGCAGAAGGAAGGUGCUGUUGGAUUUCCUCUUGCUAGAGUGAAUCAGAAUGGUUCUGGUACUGGUUCUGGUCCUGGGUUACCGGCGCCUGUGGGAGGGGGAGGGAAUGUAAGACCUUCCAUGCAUGUCAACCCUCGCAUGGUUGGUACUGGUAACAACAAGGAGCAACAACCUUCUGAUUCAUCAAGUAGUGCGCAGUUGCAUGAACUAGGUCAGGGGAUGUGUCUGAUUCAAAUAAUUCUGGAACUCAGUUGGGUGGUGUUGAAAGAAGAGUGAAUUACCCCAAAAAAUCGAAGCAAGAGUUUGCCAAUUGGUUUAGAUGGAUCCUUCGCGGUUGAGUCCAAAAAGAAAAAGAAUAUUGGCAGAAAUUGACAAGGUACCAUUUCCAUUUCUUCUUCAAAAAAAGAGUUCCUUUUGAUGCAAGAAUUGCCUUUCCUUGAUGAACAUAAUGCAUAAGAGGAUCCAUAAAGAACCAUAAGGUUUUCCGAAAAAAUCCAGGGUCCAUUAUCCCAAAAUGUUCCAUCUUCCUAGAAAAGUGGAUUCGUUCCGAUCUGGUAGUGAUUCUACUGCUGCUAGUGUGAUUAUCUGUUACAGAUGCAAUGGAGAAGGUCAUACUCUCAAAGAUUGUAAGACUGUGUUAUUCUGUACUGUGUGGAAAGGAUACCCAUAUGACCAGCAAGUGUGUGAUACCAGCUCAACCAAAACCUACUGCUCAGUUGGUUAGGAGUGCUGCUGAUGGCUUGCAAAUGUUUGUUGCUACCAUACCCAAGAAGGCUGAUAAACCAAAUGCUAAAUCUGUUGUGGCUCUAGUGACUGUGCACUCUGGAAUUGUGACAACUGAACAGCUUGUGGCUGCUUUUCAGAGAAUGUUUCAGUGUGGAUGGGAAUGGUCUGCUAGUCAAUUUGCUCCUAAUAGCUUCUUAGUUAAAUUUCCUUCUAGUCAGAAGAUUACUGAAAUGAAUCGAUACAAUAACUUUGGUCUGUAUGGGCUCAGGGCAGAGGUGAUUGUAUCUCAAUGGUCCCCUGAAAAUAUGGCUCCUCAUAAGCUCUCUUCAGUAUGGGUAACAGCUGGUGGUGUGCCUGAUGAUCUUUUGAAUUAUUUUAGUUUCUGUAUUGUUGGAUCCCUUGUUGGUACUGUCCAGGCAAUUGAUAUGGAGACCUUCAGAGCAAAGGAUGUCAUCAGAAUCAGGGUGGGGGUCAUGGACCACACUAAGGUGCCCAACAUGGCUCUUCUGACUGUUGAUCCUUACAUAUACAGAAUUAGAUUUGAACUGGAACAGGUGAUUGAAAUUGGUGGCCCUAUGAGCGGUGGGAUCUUAUUUCCAAGAGCUCCUGAUUUUGGGGAAGGUGGGGGGAUUUUGUGAGCUGCCUAGGGAUCCUAAGAGAUUCAAAAGUGUGGAUGCUGCUAUGCAACCGGCUACUUCUGGAGGAAGUGAUAUGAUGCUCUCAAGUCAACCUGAGGCUGAGAAUCAGGGGGGAGGGGGUUAUCAGGCUACUAAUACUAAAAAUCAGACUGUGUUUGCUAUUGGACCUGUAGGGAUUUCUGAGAAUGGACUGCAUAAUGCUGGCACUGGUCAGGCUGCUCCUGUGAUAGCUGCUGUUGCUGAACCUGUACCUCAGAUGGCAGCUGUGCAUGUGGGGGGGGGGGGGGGGGGGGGGGGAUCAACGAUUACAGAAUGGACAAGUAAACAGUGUGAGGUUUGUUAGGGAUGCUGAGAUGAUAGAUCAACUGACAGGAGUUGAUAAUACAGAUGUGGGUGAGGAAGAAGAUUAUGAUGAGGAAGAAUUUGCUAGAGGAUGUGGUCUUAAUACUCAACAGAUUAAGGAUCUGGACAAUGUGGAUCUGGAAGAUGACAAUGAGGGGGUUGUAUCUAUUGCUGAAACUCCUCUGACUGAAGCUCAAAAUCCUAUUAAGCCUACUUAUAGUGCUGUCCUUAUGAGUGCUCAAAAGAUGGUUCCAAUGGCUGGUGGAAAGGAGAAUAGGGGGAAAGCUAGGGGUGUGAUUGAGGAGAAUGAAAGAAGAAGUGAACGCAACAUCAGACUGGGGGAGCAAAAUGUGGUGGAUAGAGCGGUGGACAGGACAAAAUACAAGAACUUGGAGACUGCUAAAGUACUGGGCGGGUCUGCAGAAGGGUAGCUUGAAGGAGAAGCUGAUGAUGGGGGCGCAGUUACUUCAGCUGGUGGCGACCGAUGUGCUGCAUCCUCGACAUGGCCGGAGUCUCUGUCAGAGAAGAAUUCUGGGAUCCUGAGAAGUACAAAGUUUUGGCAAUGAGAUUGUUUUGAUGCUGGCCUGGAGCCAUGCUGCUGUUUGUAAACUGUGAAGUUCAGUCAGGCUGGAGGCUUGGCUGGUUUUUAUGUUCCUGUCUUUACUUUUGCUGAGGAUGGAAGACUUGGACCUUGUAGUCUGAUUUCAUUAAUGAAAUCGGGAGCAUGUUCCUUUCUCUAAAAAAAAA